UGGGUGUUGCAUGCACUCUUAAUUUUUUUGCUGAGUAAACAAAAAAAUCAGUGACAAAAUAAAAUUAUACACUGACACCACCGCGUCAACUUCAAGUUAUUGAAAAAAAAUAAAAAAAAAUAAAAUAAAAUUAUUAACAAUACAUAUUAGUGCGGCGUCACCUUUUUAUCUACCAACAGGCCAUAACGAUAUAUACCUCUACUAAGGGAGCUCGGUGCGCUGCAGUGUGCUACGGUGCCACUGCUGCUGUUGUUGCCGUUGCUGCUCCCAUAUGACCACACCAUUCCACAAACAACUUCACACGUCACCCUAAUGCAAAGCUAAGCAUUUGAAAUCGGAACCAACAACAAAAACAACAACAACAACCAUCAACAAGCCGUGUACGAGCUAAUAGCUAAUUGCGUCGCAUACAAUAUCUUGCUGCUAAUUCCAUGCGCCCAUCAUCGUCAGCAACUUAGUGCGCUCAAAGCGUGUAUAGUACAGUGGUGUUGUUGCCACACAAUGUUGCGGCGGCUGUGUCAGUUGUUAUAACCCUCUGCCCGCUAAUGCCACCGCCCGCCGACACGGCGACUGCGACCGCAUCGCGCGGUACAAUAUUAUAGCCACUUGCCACACACAAUCAUCAAAAUACUACCACCAGCAUUCGCAACAACAAAAAAUUAGUACAAAUUGUGAUUUCGACGGGGAAUGUUGCGCUGAUCUUUUAGCGUUCAUAUAUUUCUUGUGAUCAACCUAUUUUCGGGCAAAGCCACGUGAGGCGCGAAGCUUUUUUUUGGCCAGUUUUUUUUUUUUUCCUGUAAUCAACUUUAUCCAAGAGAUAUAAAAUCAUGACCAACAGUGGUCAUCAUAAUCCUCCUCCAAUUCCUGAUGCUACCGAUGGAGCUGCCAGUAAUGGCGCUAUACCAAUUGAUCGUGUCGAAUGGUCUCGCAACACAAUUCUGGAAUUCAUCGAAGACUAUCGCAGCUUCAAUGUUCUUUGGGAUCCAAACACCAAGGGCUAUCACAUCAAACAAGUCAAGUAUGAAGCCCUCAGACAGCUUAGCCGCAAAUAUGGCACCGAAGUGCGUGUUAUACGCAGCAAGAUCAAGAGCUUACGAUCGUCGUUUCACCGUGAACAUGGCAAGGUGAUUAGUGGCAAGCGCAGGGGGGUCAACUAUCAACCCAUGUGGUUUGCAUAUGAAGCGAUACGAUUUAUUUUGGAUGGGGAGCGCAACGGUAUGGGAGGCGGUAUAAGUCACUCAAGUUUUGAUGCUGUUUGUGGUGGCAUUGGUGGUCGUGAACAUGAUGGUUUUGUUGUUGGUGAUGUUUUUGUUGCGGCGGCUGCUGCGGCUGCUUUUGCCGCUGCUGGUGCUGCUGAUACGGUCUCAAAUGGCAUUGAUACCAAAGACGAGCUGGUGGCUUUCACAGACCAAAUUAAUGAUCCACAUUACGUCAACAUCAGUGCUGGGGAUGUCAAAACAGAAAUUUUUGAAACACCUAAUGAAGAAAUUGAAAAUGUCUCCAGGUCACAAAAAUCUGCCAUCAAAAAAGCCAUCAAAUCAAAAAAACGUCAAAGGUUGCCAAAAAUCGAUUCAACUAGUCAUCAUUUAGUAGAAAUACCAAGUGAUAGUGAAAGUGAUAGUUUGGCCAGCAGCAGCAAUCCUACAUGCAAAAAGAUUCGUAAAACUGAAUCCAUGGAAUCCUCGGAUGAAUUUGGUGUUUUUGGUGAAUAUGUUGGUAUCACAAUACGCAGGUUAAAGUCUUCAAAAGCUCAAGUUGUUAUUAAACAUUUGAUAAAUAAUUUGCUUUUUGAUGCUGAAAUGGGGAGAUAUGAUUAUGGCAUUCCAACAACUCGAGAACCUCCUCAUUUGUAUGCGACGACAGACUAAAUGUGUCUAGAUAUGUCAAGAUACGAGUACAUAAUAGCCAGUAUGAAAAAAUGGAAUUUUUGUAUAGUUUUUUUUUAGUUUAAGUUCAGGGAUACUAAAGCUUUCUUUUUAAUUUUUUUUAUUAUUUUAUAAAAUGUAAUUCAAACUCAGGUACCUUAAAGUUAGUCAAACCUUGAAAGGGUAUUUUGUUAUUUUUGUAUGGUUUAUAAAUAUAUAUUAAUAAGGAUUUAAAUAAAAUAUAAUUAAAGUUAA